AAACUGACAAAAACUGAAAAGGUAAUCGCAAAUACUGAAGAUUACUAAUUCUGGGUUCAUCCAAACAAUCGAAAGGAAACUCGAAAAUUCACGCCGAAGUAUGGUUGAAAUCAAGGUUGUCGAGAAAGAUACAGAAAGAUAAAGAUAAUCUUAGAUAUACCAGUGAAAGCUGUUACUAGUAACAUAACAUUGUAUAAAAAGUGAAAUUGGAGAAAAAUAUUUGGAUAACAUAAGAUUACUCCAUCAUCACGAUCAACGCAGAAAUUUUUGUUCCGGAACCAGAAAUCUGCUCUUCAUGCCUGUCUCUGAUGAAAACAUGCAGCAUUUUCGUCACAGACAGACAUGUUUAUACCAACAACCACACAAAACUGCAAAACAAAAGCUCAAAAGAGGAAGCCACAUGUUAUAAAGGGCGCUUAUGUGCACUGCACUUCCUCAGUAGAACCGCCAAGAACUAUUAACGAACUAGCUGUGACUGUAACCAAUUUCGGAAGAUCUUAUAGAAACAACUUGUUGAAAUGUGCGUGUGGUUUUUAUACAUGAGUUUAGUGUCAGUUAUUUGUUCAGCGCAAAAUAAGCCACCAGACUUGUCCGACAAAAUAUACCGAAUCAAUGGCAAUUCGAUCGACUUUCCGUGCGAGUCUACAAAGAAUAUCUUCAUCAGUACGGAACGGUACAAACCGAGUAAUAUUAUUCCUCUGCGGUUUCAAAUCGACCACAAGCUUGAUCGCGCAUUAUGUGUGCUACCAAGACUGCGUACGGGAAUCCCAAUUACGUUGGGCGUAAUCGAUCUGCUGCGCCCUAAUUGUUAUGCACACAUCAAACCGUAUCCUUGCUGGGAUUACCAAGAAGAAGGCAACUGUAAUUCAUUUCAAUCGGUUGUUGACGCGUAUAUAGAUAUAAGACAUAAUAUCUGGACGUUAGACACUGGAAUCACGAACUAUUUACAGCAGCCAAUCAAACGGUGUCCUCCUAAGGUGGUAGCAUUCUCCCUAGACAAUGAUAAAACCGUCAAAACUAUAGAUUUGAGCGAGAUCGUGAAGCCAGCAUCAAGACUACAGUACAUCGUUGUUGAUUAUUCGCUAAAUGGAUCACCUUAUGUGUACAUUGCUGACGCCGAAGGUGCAAUCAUUGUCUUGGAUAUUCAAAAUGAUAAGAACUAUCGCGUGGUACUGCCACGCACCGUAUCCGCCGGGUGUGGCGAUUCGGAUGUACUUUAUUUAUUGCUGGCACGAAGACCAAAAAACCAGAACACAGUUAUUUUUUCCUAUCUUUGUGGCCAGAAAGUAUUUGGAAUCAAAUCGGAGCAUCUCCGCACUGGCCGUGGUUCUAAUGCUAUCGUUGAGCUCGGAAGCAAACAAAAGCAUUCCGUGCUGCUAGGCACAGAUGGUGGAAAAAAUGUGAUAAUGCGAUACAGAGGCGAGAGUGAGCUUUAUUUGUGGGACACUGAUCAGCCGUACAGGGAGUGCAAUUUUGUUUUAGUGCAAAAUCCGGAGGAGUGUCGACUGAGUACACAUGUUGCACCGGGAGGCAAAGAUGAGCUGCUGUAUUCAUUGUCCUCGAACAUUGCAGAUUAUUUAAAUAAUACUAGUGGUGCUGGAGGAGCUUCUGGUCGGCUCAAGUUUAUUAGUAAAGACUGUGAUGAUGAUUGUUACUAGAUGUAAAAUGUAAAUAAAAACAAC